AUGUCUGGACGCGCUGCCCUCCGCCUCUCCCGAGCUGCGGCUCCCCUCUUCACCACCGCCAGCCCUGCGGCUCGCGCAUUCCCUGCUGCGCAGCGCACUUUCGCCAAGACGGCGUUCCGCGCGAAGAGCGACGUCGUUCGCGAGACUGAGGUUCCCGUCUCCAACUACUCCCCCGAUGCCAAGGGCUCUGGCGCCUCGUCCAGCGACCACUACAGCAUCCCCGUCAACCGCGAGAAGGCCCAGCCCACUCCUUUCCCCUCCCCUGAGGAUGCCGACGUCGUUCCCCUGACCCGCGAGGUCUACGACUCGAUGCCCCCCAUGAUGCAGAAGAUGACCGUCAUGGACAAGGUUGUCAUUGUCACUGGUGGUGCUCGCGGUCUCGGCAACCACAUGGCUCGUGCCUGCGCCGAGGCUGGUGCCAAGGCCCUGGUCAUCUUUGAUGCCAACCAGCAGCUCGGCGACGAGUCCGCUGAGGAGCUGCACCGCAAGACUGGCCUUCCCGUCACCUUCUUCAAGGUUGACGUUCGUGAUGGUGACGCCAUCAACGCCGCCGUCGACUCCGUUGUCGAGAUGUACGGUGCCCCCGACGUGCUCAUCAACUCGGCCGGUAUUGCCGACUCCAACAUCAAGGCCGAGACUUACGACCCCGCCAUGUUCCGCCGCCUCAUCGACAUCAACCUGACUGGUAGCUUCCUCAUGUCGCAGGCUGUUGGCCGUGCCAUGAUGACUGCUGGCAAGCCGGGUUCCAUCAUCCUCGUCGCUAGCAUGAGCGGUAGCAUUGUCAACUACCCCCAGGAGCAGAGCUGCUACAAUGCCUCCAAGGCUGGUGUCAUCCAGUUUGGCAAGUCUAUUGCUGCCGAGUGGGCCAAGUACAACAUCCGUGUCAACUCCAUCAGCCCUGGCUACAUGGAUACUGCGCUCAACCGCGUGCCCGCCCUUGAGGCCCAGAAGAAGAUCUGGCGCUCCCUGACCCCCCAGGCUCGCCUGGGUGAGGUCGAUGACCUCAACGGUCUCUGCGUCUUCCUCGCCUCUGACGCCUCUGGCUUCGUCACCGGCGCCGACUACAAGAUCGACGGUGGCUACACUUGCUACUAA